AGAAAGCGCAUCCCAAUUCCCCAAAUCCCUCAACCUAAUUCGUGGAAUCCCUCCCCACUGAAGCCCCUUCCCUUCUCCGCUUCCCGAUCUCUCCGAGUCUCGGUGUUCAUUUUUGUUGUAGUGCUGUUCGAAGAAGCUUAACUGAGAUGAAAAGGGCUGGAACAAAUAGGAGCUUUGCAGCUGUUGAUAGGGCUAUAGAGGAGUGGGAGAAGUCAUUGUGGACUUGUAGUUUUUUUUGUAGAGGAGAUUUUCGCAUUCUGAGUGGAGCGUAACCUUCAAAAUCUUAAAGAUGAUGAAUUGUUGGACAAAAUAUUCAAUUAUUUGUAGCAAUGGAGCUUAUUGGAGAGUACAAGCCAUGGAGCUUGUGGAGCACCAUUCAGAUCAAGAAGUGAUCUCUUGGUUUGCUACAUGGUUUUAUGUUUUGUAUGGCUCUUAAUAGGAUAAUCCAUUUUGGGCCCAACCAUGAGUGGCCGAUUAAGUCGUACCAUCUAUGUAGGCAACCUUCCUUUAGAUAUUCGGGAGUCUGAAGUUGAGGAUAUAUUUUACAAGUAUGGUCGUAUAGUCGAAAUUGAAUUGAAGAAUCCGCCUCGUCCUCCUGGUUAUUGUUUUGUGGAGUUUGAAAGUUCUCGAGAUGCUGAUGAUGCAAUUAGAGGUCGUGAUGGCUACCUUUUUGAUGGCCAUCGUUUGAGGGUUGAGCUUGCCCAUGGUGGUAGAGGACAGUCAUCUUCAAUAGGAAGAAGUAGCGGCCACGGAAGUGGCCAUGGAAGUGGCAGCGGCAAAUAUGGAGUUUCUCACCGUUCUGAAUUUCGAGUGAUUGUUCGGGGAUUGCCAUCAUCUGCUUCAUGGCAGGAUUUAAAGGAUCACAUGAGGAAGGCUGGCGAUGUGUGCUUUGCCCAAGUUUUUCGGGAUCGUGAUGGGACUGUUGGCUUGGUUGACUACACUAAUCAUGAGGACAUGAAAUAUGCGAUACGGAAGCUUGAUGACACAGAGUUCAGAAAUCCAUGGGCGAGGUCUUAUAUUCGUGUGAAAAUCUAUGAGGGGAGUCGAAGCCCAAGCAGAAGUCGAAGCAAAAGCAGAAGUCCCAGAAAGAAUAGAAGUGAUUCGAUUGAAAAACCAGUCUCACGAUCAGCAUCUAUUUCUUCUAGAUCUCGAUCUGCCUCACCAGCGAAAAUAUCAAGAUCAAGGUCCAGAUCGAGAUCUGGUUAAAUGCUACAGAUUAUGGUUCAUCAAUGGACAAAGUUCUCCAGCAAAUCUUCAGUUCUUAGUCUUAUUUAACUAUGGAUUUUCCUAAGCAUGACAUGUAUUACUUGUUCUUCUUCAACAUAUUGAAUUAUCUUCCCAAAUUGUUCCUACUAAUUGUUGCAGUAACUUGACUUCCUUCUUUCUAAACUGGUGCUACAAAUAAUGUGAAGACUUAAUCUUCCUGCUCUCUUUGCUAUUAAGACAUUAUUGGAACUUUUGCCAA